AUGGCAAACAACCCUUCCAGUUCCGAAAUCAACAUCUCUCUGCCCGAACCAUUCGCCGGUAUCCCCAGAUACUCACUCUUAUUUGGCCCCUCACCCAUUCAUGCACUCCCACGCAUCUCUUCAGCCCUCGGGGGGAAGGUCGCCAUCUACGCGAAACGUGAAGACGUCAAUUCCUCCAUCGCCUUCGGCGGGAACAAGACACGCAAACUCGAGUAUCUCGUCCCAGACGCCCUCGCCCAACACUGUGACACCUUAGUUUCCAUCGGCGGCUUUCAAUCCAAUCACACAAGGCAAGUCGCCGGGGUCGCCGCCAAACUGGGCUUGAAAGCCAAACUCGUCCAAGAGAAAUGGGUUGACCACAACGACAUCGGCUAUGACAAAGUGGGCAACAUCCAGCUCUCUCGCCUCAUGAACGCGGAUGUUCGCCUCGACGCCUCAGGCUUCGGCAUCGAGCAUAAACAGACCCUCAAGACGCUCACCGAAGAAGUUCUCUCCGCCGGUGGAAAACCGUACUACAUCCCCGCGGGCGCCUCAGACCACCCACUAGGCGGCCUGGGCUUCGCACGUUGGGCAUUCGAAGUGCGCGCACAAGAACUCGCCAUGGAUUUAUUCUUCGACACCAUCAUCGUCUGCGCCGUGACGGGGAGCACCCUCGCCGGCAUGAUCGCGGGCUUCAAAUUGCUCAGCAAAUUGUCUCCAUCGUCGCCACGCAAAGUUAUCGGGAUCGAUGCCUCAGCCAAACCGGCCGAGACUUUCGCGCAGGUCCUGCGCAUCGCAAAACAGACAGCCGCGAAAAUCGGGCUUGACGAAUCCGAUAUCACGGCGCAAGACGUCAUUCUCGACACGCGGUAUCAUGCCGGGUGCUAUGGGAUCGCGGACGAAACGACGCUCGAAGCUAUUCGGUUUGGUGCACGGACUGAGGCGUUCAUCACGGACCCUGUGUACGAGGGCAAGAGUCUUGCCGGCAUGAUGGAUCUGGUGAGAAGGGGCGAGAUCCCCGAGGGAAGUAAUGUGCUGUACGCGCAUUUGGGCGGGCAGUUGGCGUUGAAUGCGUAUUCGGAAGUUCAAUGA